UAUAAAACAUAAAAAACGAAAAAAAAAUAUAUAAUUCGCCAGUAAAAAAAUAAAUUCAACUAAACUCUUGUAGUAGUUCCAAUUGUUCUUCUUUGUUCUGGAAUACGCGACGCGCUCUCUUGAUCAUCAAUAGAAAUUAUACCGAACCAAUAACAACAACAACAACAAGUACCAGUCUUCUUGUGCUAGUCGCUACUAAAAGCAUUUCUUAUACUCUUCACUAAAACAAAAACCUUAAUUACAACAACAACUCCAAGCAAAGCAAGUGAAUUAAACUAAAAAAGCAACAUGAAUACGCAAUCCAAAGGAUAUCGCACUGGCGAAGAAAUCUACGACAUGACGUGCUUUGAUAUGACUGCCAUACGCAACUUGAACAUACCGACAACCUUUCCAACCAUUGGCACAUUCACGCUGGACUCCGCCACGUUGGGCCUGCAACCGCCGCUGACGCCAACGGCAAAUGCCGAUGCAGCGCAGCAGCAGCAGCAGCAUUCGCUUCAUCAUCAACAGCAGCAGCAGCAGCAACAUAUGCAACAACAGCAGCAGCAGCAACAACAGCAGCAGCAACAUCAUCAUCAACAACAACAGCAGCAGCAGCAACAACAGCUACAUCAUCAGCAGCAACAACAACAACAGCAGCAGCAGCAGCAACAACAACAGCAGCAACAUCAUCAUCAAAGCAUUGGCAUGUUUGAUGCCAAUGAGGUCAAUGAUAUUAUACAAAAUCCGCCACAAAUUGGUGUCUUUCAAUCCAACAGCGUGCUCAACAAUAGCGUCGGCAGCUCAUCCAUUUAUGGCUCACAGUCGAGCAACUCUUCGGCCGCAGCCUCAGCUGAUCCUAGUCAGACUACACGUGAAACGGGCAUUAUUGAAAAGCUACUGCAUUCUUAUGGCUUUAUUCAGUGCUGCGAGCGUCAGGCGCGUCUCUUCUUUCAUUUCUCGCAAUUUAGCGGCAACAUUGAUCAUUUGAAGAUUGGCGAUCCAGUUGAAUUCGAAAUGACCUAUGAUCGUCGCACUGGCAAACCGAUUGCCAGUCAAGUAUCCAAGAUAGCACCAGAGGUUGUGCUCUCCGAGGAGCGCGUCACAGGCACCGUGACCACCGAGCUGCGCACCGAUAGCGCCAACAAUGUGCUAAGCUCAAGCGAAACUACGGGACGCAUUAGCUAUGAGAAUCGCGGUGAAUGCUUCUUCUUACCCUAUACCAAAGAUGAUGUCGAGGGCAAUGUUAAUUUGCGUGCUGGCGACAAGGUUAGCUUUCAAAUUGCAACGAACCAAAGAGGCAACCUGGGCGCUUGCCACAUACGUCUGGAGAAUCCAGCGCAGCCUGUUAAAUAUCGUGGCGUGGUAUGCUCCAUGAAGGAAUCGUUUGGCUUUAUAGAGCGCGCCGAUGUUGUAAAGGAAAUCUUCUUUCAUUUCUCCGAAGCCGAAGGCAACGUAGAGCUGCGUCCUGGCGAUGAUGUUGAGUUUACUAUACAAACACGCUCGUCCACGUCUGUGCCGCCGCAGGGACGUGAAUAUGCCUGCAAUAUAACACGCUUGCCACCUGGUUCGGUUAUAUUCGAAGAUGUGGACAGCACCAUUUACAAGGGACAAGUGCUCAAGUCGCUGGACCGCAACAAUGCUGUGCGUCAGAAUAAUGAUCCGUUGCCGGGACGCAUACGCUAUCGUGCUGCGGAUUAUUCGGAAGUGGAGGUGCCCUUUGGCGAUAAGGAUCAGAAGGGUGACUUUACGCUGCGUCAUGGCGAUUGGGUGCAGUUUCUGCUGGCCACCGAUAGGCGCGAUCAGCUGCAGCGUGCGACUUCCAUAGCGCUGCUGGAUGAAACCUUCAAAGUGUCGGGCGAGAAGCGUGAACAGGGCACCAUCGCAUCGCUUAAAGAAGGUUUUGGCUUUCUGCGCUGCGUUGAGCGUCAGGCGAGAUUAUUUUUUCAUUUCACCGAGGUGCUUGAUACGAGCCGCGAAAUCGAGGUAAACGAUGAGGUGGAGUUUACGGUUAUACAGGAGCCUGGACUGGCGUAUAAUAAUUCACGUUUGCAGGCCAUACGCAUACAACAUUUGCCAGCAAAUUCAGUCCAAUUUGAAACGCUCAUGGCUAGCGCAAUUGAAGGCUGCGUAACACGCGAGGCGCCCAAGAGUCCCAUUAAAUCUCAGGAUCGUGUUGAGGGUGGCGUCAUCACCUAUGAGCAUGGCGAUGCUAAAAAGACUAUUAUGUAUUUUCUUAAAGACUGCGAAAAACCACCAAGAAUUGGCGAGCGUGUGCGCUUCGAUAUUUAUAUGGUCAAACGUAAUAAGGAAUUUAUAGCCGUCAAUGUGCAGCAAGUGUCGCUGCAGCAACAACAGCAACAACAACAACAGCAGCAGCAGCAGCAGCUGUUGAAUCAACAAAACGCAACGCAACAAGCACAAGUAGCAGGCCUCAAUCUCAACUCAAACGAUGCACAAGUUUUACUCUCGAAUGGCAUAGCCAGCAGCCCAUUGCAAAAUGGCUACAUAAUGCAUGGCAGUCCCAGCGGCGGCAGCAGCAGCAACAGCAGCACCAGCAACUCUCAACAAAUCUCACAUCUGGAUGACUUUAAGCUGGAGAAUAAUAAUCAUGCAAGCGCCGAGCCAACAGGUCAACUGUAUCGCGGCUUUAUAGCGGUUAUCAAAGAGAACUUUGGUUUUAUUGAAACCAUUUCGCACGACGAAGAAGUGUUCUUUCACUUUAGCAACUAUCAAGGCAAUCCCAACUGGCUGGAGCUGGGCCAGGAGGUGGAAUAUACGCUGGCACCCAAUGGCAAUACUUCUGUGUCAGGCAAUUGCUUGCCUGCGGAAAAUGUGCGCACGCUGCCCAAGAAUUCAAUACCGCAGCCAGCGCUGCUGGAGAAUGUGCACAACGGCGUUGUAGCGCGUCCGCUGCGCUGCAUCAACCCGGAGCAGCAGGAGUAUGCAGGACUAAUUGAAAUACAAGAUGAGCUGCGCACUACCUGCAUAUCGCAGCAUGAGUUUGGCAUUACCAGCUUGGUGAACAAACGCGAUUUGUUGCAAAAGGGCGACUUGGUUAGAUUUCGCAUUGAUGAGAGCGGACGUGCGGCCGAGGUGAAUGCUGUGCGUCUAAAGAAACGCGCUACAGUGGAUUCGAUCAAAGGGCAGUUUGGUUUUCUCAAUUUCGAAGUCGAAGAUGGCAAAAAGUUGUUCUUCCAUAUGUCUGAAGUGCAAGGCAGCACCGUGGCGCUGCAUCCAGGCGAUACAGUGGAGUUCUCUGUGGUUACCAAUCAGCGCAAUGGCAAAUCUUCGGCUUGUAAUGUUUUAAAAAUAAACGAUCGACCCGAUCGUCUGAUCUCGCGCCUCAAGCUCAAUGGCGAUGAUGGAGUACCGCGUUUAAUACUCAUGCGUGCGCCCAAGGGACCGCAAGGCAAAGGCUUCUCCGUGCUGGCGCGCCAUCCACGCAUUCCAGGCAAUUUGAUGGAGUGAUGCCCAUACAAGUAAACAAAGACAAUGCACAAUGCAUACUAUAGCUAACAUAUAUGCAUAUAUAUAUAUAUAUAUAUAUAUAUAUGCUUGUACGCAAGGCUUAGCAAUUACCAAUCAAACGGCAGAGGCAAAACUACAAAACACACACACACACACACACAACUUUAAACAAUUACAUAUUAUCGCAAAAACAAUUAU